GACACUUCAAUAUGAUUGUAUUAUAUUAUUGUAAUCAUUCCUAUUUGUAAUGUAAGUUGAUAAUAAGAUACGUUUUCAACAGUAAUGUUAUUUUCCAUAAAUAUUGUGCUUUUAUUAUUGUUUUAAAUAUUUCAAAUAGUGUAAGUAAAAUGGGUGGGCUAUUUAGUAAAAGUAAGAAACCAGUCAGUAGAGUCACUGAACAAGAUAAAGCAAUCUUACAAUUGAAGCAACAAAGAGAUAAGUUAAAACAAUAUCAAAAGAAAAUUGAAUUAAAUUUAGAGAAAGAUCGGCUUUUGGCUAAAAAAUUAUUGGCCGAAGAUAAGCGCGACAGAGCGAAGUCACUACUUAAAAAGAAAAGAUAUCAAGAAAAUUUACUACUUAAUGCUGAUAUUCAGUUAGAAAAAUUAGAACAACUUACGCAUGAUCUAGAAUUUACUCAAAUUGAAGUACAGGUUCUGGAUGGUUUAAAGACUGGAAACGAAGCUCUGAAAAAAGUUCAUGAUAUUCUUAACAUUGAUGAUAUAGAAAAGAUUUUGGACGAAACAAGAGAGGGUAUAGAAAAACAAAGAGAAAUAGAUGAACUAAUUUCUGGUCAAUUAACUGAAGAGGAUAAUGAAGCCAUUGAUGCGGAACUCGAAGCAAUACUUGAUGUGAAGGAUGAGUUGCCUGAAGUGCCUACAGAUAAAUUGCCUGAUGUAGUUGAAGAGAAGGAACCUGAAAGACCUCAAAGAACAAAAUCUAGCACGAAGAAGAUUGCUGUUGAGGCCUGAUAAUAUAAUGAUGUUUCUAUGUUUAUAGUAUAUUAUGAAUUA